UUCCUGAGAGUUUGGGGUCCGGCGCCGUGUCUGCGUGGCUGCUCUUCCGCGGAUUGGUGGCGGGAAGCUGAGGUUGGGGCGAGAUAUCUGUGGAUUGUGUGUGUGUGUGUGUGUGUGUACUCGCCUCCGUUCCUUUGUAUGAGUCCAUCCUGUUGUGUGUGUACUUCAUCCACAUGUUGCGUGUUGUGUCUGUGUGUUAUGCUGUGUUUGUGUGUGUGUGGAAUGUGUAUGUCCAGGUAUUGUGGGGUUUGUUUGUGUUUUGUUUUGUUUUGUUUUUUCUGUGCUGGGGAUCGAACUCUGGUCCUUGAGCUUUAGAGGCAGGCGGCGGAACCAGUGAGCUAAAUCCCUGGCAUAUGUCCAGGUAUUGUGUUAUGUCCAGAUGUUGCGUUGUGUCCUGAUGUUGUAUUCUGGGUCCAGGUCCUGCCCUGUGGUCCCUAGGCUUGUGCAUCUGGGCUUGGGUAUGUCUGCUUGAGUGUUACAUGUUCCAGCAAUGUUUUCAGGUUGUGUUUGUGCAUCUGCGCAUCAUAUGUGCCCGUGCUGGGUUGUGAGACCAGCAACUUGUGUGUGAGCUGUACGUAUCCUGGUCUGAUGUUGUCCAUCCCUGUGCUGUGCUGUGUAUUUGUGCAUCCAUGGGUCGUAUUUUGUGCCUGGGUGUUGUCUUGUGUUGUGUUUUCAUUUGUUCUGUGUCUGAGAAUUGUGCAUUUUUGCUCUGUGUUCAGAUGUUGUGUUGUGUUUGUUGUGUCCAUUGCCGAGUACCUGGGUGGUAUUGUGUGUCCAGGCAUCGGCUUGUGUUCGUAGGUUGUGUAUCUGGGUGCUGUGGUCCACGGGUUAGGUUGUGUGCAUCUGUGUUUGUGUGUGUUGUGUCCAGGUGUGAGCUGGGUGUACAUGUACGAAGAGGCAGACCUCUGCGGCCCUGUGACACCUGGCUUGCACACCCGAGGCCCCAUGUCUGCACACCUGCGCGUCUGGGCACACCUGAGCGCACCGGCGUGCACCUGUCCCCUCCGCAGGGCGCCUUCAGCCGCUGCUACAAGCUGACAGACAUGGCCACCAGCGCCGUGUUCGCCCUCAAGGUGGUGCCGCGCAUCGGGGGCGGUGCAGGGCGUCUUCGCUGCAAGGGGAAGGUGGAGCGUGAGAUCGCCCUUCACAGCAGCCUCCGCCACCGCAACAUCGUGGCCUUCCACGGACACUUCGCCGACCGCGACCACGUGUACAUGGUGCUGGAGUACUGCGGCCGCCAGUCACUGGCCCAUGUGCUCAAGGCAAGGCAGACCCUGACGGAGCCUGAGGUGCGCUAUUACCUGCGGGGUGUGGUCAGCGGCCUGCGCUACCUGCACCAGCGGAGAAUCGUGCACCGGGACCUGAAGCUCAGUAACUUCUUCCUAAACAACAACAUGGAGGUGAAGAUCGGAGACCUGGGGCUGGCUGCCAGGGUGGGGCCAGGGGGCCGCUGCCACAGGGUGCUCUGCGGGACCCCAAACUUCCUGGCCCCAGAGGUGGUGUCCAGAAAUGGGCACACGUGCCAGUCUGACAUCUGGGCCCUAGGAUGCAUCUUGUACACAGUGCUCACCGGCAGCCCACCUUUUCCGGUGGCACCAGUCUCAGAGAUGUACGAAAACAUCCGCGCUGGCCGCUACCCGGAGCCCGCCCACCUGUCUCCCAACGCUCGCCACCUCAUCGCCCGCCUCCUGGCGCCCAAUCCGGCCGAGAGGCCCAGCCUGGACCAGCUACUCCAGGACAAUUUCUUCACUCAGGGCUUCACGCCGGAGCGCCUGCCGCCCCGUUCCUGCCGCAGCCCCCCCAACUUCGCUGUCCCCCGGCCUCUGGGCAGCCUCUUCCGGAAGGUGGGCCGGCUGCUGCUCGCUGAGUGCCGGCCACACCGCCCUUUCACCCCCAAAGAGGACUUGGGCUCAGGAGCAGAGGGGCUGGAGCCGUACCCCAUGGAGUGGGGCAGUGAGGUGUGCGCAGGACGGGCACUCAAGACAGAGGGCCACUCACCCUUUCACCUCCAGCCACGUCUGCUACCUGCCCGCCCGUGGGAAGCUAGAGACGUUCACCCCGAGGGAGCUGCCUUCAGCGGUACCCAGGCCCUGCUGGUGCUGAACAGGGCUGGCAAAGACCUGCUGCUCUCCCUCUGGCGGCCCGGCUGGCCCGGCGCCCCCUGCUCCCUGCACACACUGCGCAUGCUCGGCUGCAGCCCUGUGGCCCGCCAGCGCCUGCGCUUGGCCCUCCGCCUGCCGAGGGGCAUCUUAGGCUGGGGCAGCGCAGCCUUUCCUUGCGUGCAGGUGAGGACCCCCAUGUCCCAUAGUACCCGGGGCCGCCCCAGAGUCAAAGAGGCCGAGGACCCAGACGCCCCCAGACACUCCCAAGCCGAGGCCGGCUCCCUCUUCAACCAUUUCCUAGGCUCCAAAGCUGAACGUGGUGCCCCUUGUCCCCGUAUCAAGGCUUGA